GCCUAUGUAUGUGAUGCAGUAGCAGCUACUCUUCGUGUAGAAAGAAGCUCUCAAUUUCGUAGUCUUUGCCUUUCUGUUUCCUGCCUUUUGUCGACGAGAAGAAAAGAGAUCGUAUUGUCAGACAUUAUUCGAAAUGGAGGACAAAACCAGCUCCGGAAACGUCGCCGCGUCUGAGACCACGUCGGCCAGCACGACUGCCGCGAAGAAGGCGGCAAAAUCGAAGACUAAGUCGCGGCGUGCUAAAUCGUCUCAUCCGCCAACUUCGGAGAUGGUGAACGCAGCCAUCAAGGAGCUGAAGGAUCGCAAGGGAUCCUCUCUGCAGGCGAUCAAGAAGUAUAUCGCUUCCACGUACAAAGUCGAUGGUGAGAAACUGGCGCCGUUCAUCAGGAGGUACUUGAAGACUGCCGUCACUUCCGGCGCAGUUCUUCAGACCAAGGGAAAGGGAGCCUCUGGUUCGUUCAAGCUCUCGGUACCCAAGGGCAGUCCUGAGGCCAAGAGCAAACCGAAUCGCCACACCAAGAAGGCACAGUCGGCUGGAGCAGAGAAGAAACCAGCCGAGAAGAAGCCGGCCAGCCCGAAAAAAGCCGCAGUCAAAAAGUCAGUCGCUGCGAAGAAGCCCGUUGCUGCGAAGAAACCAGCAGCCUCGCCGAGGAAAGUGAAGACCCCUGCUGCGAAGAAAGCAGAUGCAGCUGCGAAACAAAAGGCAGUAGCUCAGACGAAGAACCUUUCGAAGGCCAAGAAGGCAUCCAAGGCUCCCGCGGCCAAGACGAAAGCACCAAAACCGAAGACUGCUAAGUCACCGAAAGCCAAGAAAGCGGAGAAGAAGUAAUCUCUUCAUCACAAUUAAUACCAUUGGCCCUUUUUAGGGCCACAAAAUAUUUAUUAAUGGAGAAACACUCUCGAGUUUUUGUACUCGAAUUUACCUUCCCCCUGAUCUCCCUGCAAUUGAAUUAUAUUAACUGGCUUUUUGUUUACCUUAAUUAGUUUUUAAGUAAUUGUUAGUUGUAGUAUUUAUUGAGAAGAGAGUUUAG